UCCGGGCGAGCCGCCCGCGCACGCGCCGUAGGCCAACGUGGGCGUGGCUGCGGGCUCAAGGGGCGGGGCGGCUGAAGGAGCUCGCGGCCAUGCAGGCCCACGGGGACCGCGCCGCGGCGCCCCACGUGUCUAUUAUCCUCCCGGUCUACAACGCUGAACUGUGGCUGGACGAGUGCUUGGAGUCUGUUUUGCAACAGGACUUUGAAGGCUCCAUGGAGCUCUCGGUUUUUAAUGAUGCUAGUAAGGACAAGUCUAUGACUAUCAUUGAGAAAUGGAAAGUGAAACUGGAAAACUCUGGUGUCCUCGUGGUCAUUGGAGGACAUGAUUCUCCUUCACCCCGAGGAGUCGGAUAUUCUAAAAAUCAAGCAAUAGCACAGAGCUCGGGGUCUUACCUUUGCUUUUUGGAUUCGGAUGAUGUCAUGAUGCCUCAGAGGGUGAGACUGCAACUGGAAGCUGCUGCCCAACACCCGACAAGUAUUGUAGGUUGCCAGGUGAGGAGAGACCCUCCCAACUCCACUGAGCGAUACACAAGGUGGAUCAACCAGCUAGCGCCAGACCAGCUUCUCACUCAGGUCUUUACCUCCAAUGGCCCAACUGUGAUCAUGCCCACCUGGUUCUGCUCUCGAGCAUGGUUCUCCCACGUGGGCCCAUUUGACGAAGGCGGGCAGGGUGAGCCGGAGGACCUGUUGUUCUUCUACAGCCACCUCAGAAAGGGCGGCGGGGUCAUCCGUGUGGACCAGAGCCUCCUCCUCUACCGCUACCACCCCAACGCGGCCACACACUCUGUCCUCGAGACCACCAUCUGGACCCAUCGCGUGCGCUUUCUGGAAGAGCGGGCGCUGCCACACUGGGCCACCUUCACCAUCUGGAACGCGGGCAGGCAAGGCCGCCGGCUCUAUCGCAGCCUGACAGCCGGGAUGCGGCGCAAGGUGGUUGCUUUCUGUGACGUGGACGAGAACAAGAUCAGGAAAGGCUUCUAUUGCCACGAAGACUCUCAGGAAAGGCCGAAGCCUCGGGUUCCGAUCCUGCACUUCCGAGCUGCACGGCCGCCCUUCGUCAUCUGCGUGAAGCUGGUGAGUGUCAGCCGUGGCUGGGCUCCACUGAUGACGGCGUGGCUGGAACAAGGCCCCAGCUGUGGGAUCAAGACGUCUGACACGUGGCCAGGCAUCCAGGCCCUUGGCUUGGGCCACCUGUCUGGAGCCGUGGUCUCUGGCCGGGGGUGGUGACCGCUGCUCUCAGGGGUCCGCUGGGGUGUUGGGAGAGGCCGCCAUGGUGCCUGUGUAAAAUGGGCUGCAUUUCUGUAAAAGCAACGUUUUUUGGAAACCUGCUCAGUGCCAGGCCUGAGGCACCUUCCGGGUGCUGAUCGGAUGCUGUGGCAGAGACGAAGGGUGGAAGGUGGUGGAAGCGUCCCUGAGACACCCCUCUGACCCAGCACCGUGGCCCCGUGCCCAGGGCCGUCCCGAGAACUCUCCCCACCACAUCCUCCCCACCCCCUCCGCAGGGUCCCGGGGACACGGGUGCCCGCUUCUCAGCUCCAGCUUUGUGUUGGGAUCACACAGCGGGGUCCUGGGGACCCCGGUCUGCUUGCCCACGUCAGGCUGGCCUGUGAAUCUACUUGCUGAAAUCCAGCUGUGAGCCCUGGUCACAUCCAGCCUGGCAACGGCAAGGGCACAGUCCGGACAUUCUCGUGCCUGGAGACCUGAAGGGUCUUGGGAGGCCCCACCCCCAGCCCUCACCACCUUCGUGAGACCUCCAGCAGGCUCAGCCCGCCUCUCCCGCCGGACAUGCCCGUAGGGCCGCCUCUUGCCUUGCUGACCUCCAGGCACUCUGCACAGAUUCUGGUGCCCGUCCUCCGUCUGUUAGAGCCGCAAACAUUUUCUCCCACGUGGGACUUGCCUUUCCAUGGAGCCUUCCAGGAAAGGUUACUUCCCACACGGGGACAUUCAUAACCUUUCUCUUACGAUGAACACCUGUGUUCCGUGGAGGAAAUCCUUCUCCGGGGUCGGAGAGCUGCAUUCUCACUUGUAUAAAUAUACAUGUCAUCUUUCACAUUUGGAUGCCUAGUGCACCCCAGCUAUGGGGCCAGUGGGCUCAGGUGGGCCGAACGGGCAUGCAGGGCCCAGUGCUUGCUGCGGAGGGGGGGGCCACAGGAUGGACGGGGACACGUGCCACCUCUUCCAGCAGCUGCCAGCCCGUGAGGCUGAGCUGGAGGCGCAGUAACCAGGGCACCAGGAGCCUUCGGGAGGCGCAGUCCGUCCUGCUCUGAGCCUUGGGCUCAGGGAGGGGGCGCCCUUCUUCCCUGCUGGCUGCUUUAAGACCCUGUGCGGCCAACACCUCACGUCGGGCGGGGCCGGUGGCCCGGGGAAGGGCCCCCAGGUGCGGCUGGGAGCACGGCUCCAAGGGGCUGGACUCUGCCUCUUGCUGGAGGGGCCAUCCCGAGUCCCAGCCUGUGGAAACUGCCAGAAGCAGACACGUGUUGUUCCAGGCUGCUGUGCCGGUGCUGACCCGUUCCUCAGCGACAGACGACUCACAAGGUGGCGGUUAGAACCACGUGGCCGUGAGCCUUCCUAUGCAGUUUGUGCGGAAGCGUGUCCGUCUCUCGGAAGUGGGGGGUCACGGGGUCACCGUGUUCAGUGUUUGGGUCACGGGGUCACCGUGUUCAAUGUGGCACCAUUUCACGUUCCCACUGCAGCGCAGGGGCACCAGCGUCUCCACGCUGUCCGCUGGCGGUGGUGUUCCAGCCGUCCGGGUGGCUGCUAAGUGUGGUUUUGAUCGUGCGUCUUCCUGACAACUGACGAUGCCAAGUCUUUGCAGCUGCUUGUUGGCCGUGCGGGUGUCGUCCUGGGAGAAAGGACCUCACCGGGGGCGCAUUUGAGGACAACCUGAGGUCGCUACACCUGCAGGAGGGCCGGGACUUCCUUCACUUCAGCUGAGGGCCUGGACAGCUGCCUCCAGAGGGUCUGACAGGACGCCGUCAGGGGAGCACACAAGGUGAACGUUCCCACAUGGUGCCUCGGCCCAGGCAAGGAAACCACUCCCGCUGAAGGACGCAGCAAAAGCACCUGCCGCUCGGCCCCCGUUCCCGUGCACGCCGGAGAGGGCAGCUGGCUCCCCGGCCCUGACCCCGUCGGUCCUUGGCGCGGGGCCCCGAACCCAGCGCGGCCACCACCUCCGCCUCCGGUGCGGGCGGCAGCUCCUGCGUCCAGCCCGCAGACGAGGCGCAGCCCCACUGACACACCUCGCCAAGGUGAGCGGGUGCACCGUGGUGCUUCCCCACAUCGCCGGAGAACCCGAGAUCCGAGGACACACGCUCGCGGGGCUGUUCGCUGGGUUCCUGACUCCUGACUCGAGACUCUGCUGUGGGGGCGCAGCCAGGCUCAGGCAGGAUGCUUGGGUUGCCCACAACCAUGUGAGGGUAGGUGACCACGUGCAACGCCCACAAGCACCGGGCACGAUGGGGUGAGGCAGAGGCAAGGUUGGGAGCCCACCCCUUGGCCGUUUCUCUGGCCCGUCUAGGGUCGCUUGGGGCCACCCUCCGCCCCCCAGGCCCCCGCAUCAGCAUCACACACAGAGACACAGAACUGCUCAGAACAUGAUUUUAUAGA